CUUGUAUUUUUAAUAAAUGUUUAACUUAGGAGUAUGUAAUAUGCAGCCGCCAAACUAUACUUUUUCAUUCUGCAACUUUAUUCUCUGAAAUAUUUGAAAGUCGAAUUCGUACUGAAGUGAUGCACAGAACGCACGUUCCAUAUAUAAAAAUAGAAAUUCCAAACACUUAUUAACAGCGUGCGCCCGGCUUUCUUAUUUAGUAGUUAUACUUAAUCUCUAAUGUAAAGUAACAGUGUUCGAUCAAGCAUACCGAUAAAAUAUCAUUUAGUUGAUAUUCACAUUUAUAAUGUCACAAGAAAAUAAAGGUUUCUUCAAAAAAUUCCACGACACCAUAAACCAAGGGAUUGAUGACGUGACGAAAAAGAAUUUCGCCAAUUUAGAAUGCAAUGCGAAACGUGUAUCUUAUUUGUGCAGUCUCCCUGUUGUUAAAAGCUACGAUUUAACAGUUGAUAUUGAGAAAUGUCAAGCCGGCGGCGAAUUCCCAGUAAAAAAAGACUUGGAAAAAGCCAAACAGCUCAAGGAUGAAGGCAACAACGCAGUCCAGAAAGGUGACUGGGGCAAAGCACUGGAAUUAUACAGCCAAAGUAUGCUGUUUAUGCCAAAAAAAGAAACUGAAGAAAUGUCCAUACUCUUAGCAAACCGAUCAGCUGCACUUAAUCACCUUGAACAGUAUGAAGAUACCUUAGCAGACAUCCGACGAUCUUUGGCCCUGGGUUAUCCACGGCAUCUGCGAUAUAAGGUCUACGAGAGGAAGGCCCGAACUUUACUCGUGCUGAAAAGGAAUCAAGAGGCUAUCAUUGCUUUCCAAGACACCAUUAGCGCCCUAGAUGAAGCAAAUAAAUUAGAUAAAGAGAAAAGACAAAAAAUGCGCACAGAUGCCAAACUUAUGCUGGAAAUAUUAAACAAGGGCCUAGUAAUGGCCGGCAAUCCAAAAGAUCCAGAACCUUUGAAAAAAGUGCCUCCUAAACCAAAGCUCCCAGGAAAUCAUAACAAGAAAUAUCCUGCGACUUCAGAAUCAGUUGAAAUAAAUCAGAAUGGUAUCAGAGGAAGAUUUGCAACAGCCACAAGAGAUAUUGAAGCGGGAGAAAUUUUGUUAGUCGAGAGCCCCCACAGUGGUGCAUUGUUGAAUGAAUAUUGCAGAACCCACUGUCAUAACUGCUACGUUAAGUGUCCAAUUCCGAUACCGUGUCCCACGUGUCCAAAUGUAAUAUUUUGCAGCGACAAAUGUUUAGAAGUAGCCCAAAAGACGUACCAUGCAUACGAAUGUCAUAUAUUGCCACUACUUUGGAAAUCAGGAUGUUCAAUCACCUGUCAUUUAGCUAUUAGGAUGAUCACGCAAAACAAAAAAGAAUAUUUCGUCAAUAUCAAUAAGGAAUUGGAGACUGAAAUUACUGGCCCAUACAAAACCGAAGAUUACAAAAGUAUAUAUAACUUAGUAGCCCAUGAAGAUAAAAGAACUAAACAGGAUUUCUUGCACAGAACUCAAAUGGCUAUUUUUCUGCUUAAACUAUUAGAAAUUUGUGGAUAUUUCGAUGGGAAGCCAAGGGAUAAACCUAUAGAUUUAAGCCAAAUAAAGUCUAUGGCAGUUGAUGAGAAAUAUAAUGAUGAUAUCUCUCUUUUUGGUGGUCUUUUAUUAAGAAAUCUUCAAGUUUUACAAUUCAACGCUCACGAAGUUUUUGAGCUGCAAUGUCAGAAGCCAAAAGUCGGAAAGAAUAUUAUAAAGCAUGAAGGAAAUUCAGUUUUCUUAGCUGGUGCUGUAUUCCCGACUCUCGCUCUUUUCAAUCAUUCAUGUGAUCCGAGUGUAGUCAGAUAUUUUUGCGGUUCAAAGAUUGUUGUAAGGGCAGUAAAGAACAUAAAAAAGGGUGAAGAAAUUGGUGAAAAUUAUGGGCCCAUCUUCACGACAGUACCAAAAGAGAAAAGACGGGCUGAUUUGAAAGAACGAUACUGGUUUGAAUGCCAUUGCAUACCCUGUAAACAAAAUUGGCCUUUAUAUGAAGAAAUGAACGAGAAAUACAUGAGAUUCAAGUGUGAUUCAGAUAGACCAUGUCCUAACGUGAUAGCAGUUCCAUAUGAUUGUAAAGAUUUUAUGGUGCAAUGCGGCUUCUGUCAACAGUACACUAACGUAUUAAAAGGACUAAAGUCACUUCAAGACACAGACAUAAUAUACCGUACUGGUCGUACUGCCAUGGAGGAAGGGAAAUAUGGAGAAGCGAUGAAGAAAUUCAUUGAAGUUUUGAAGUUGUAUGAUGCAACUCUUGCACCACCUUACAAGUCAUACUAUGAUUGCGUCCAGGACUUAAGACGUUGUAUGUUGGCUAUCGGAAAUUAUAGCAUAGUGUAAACUUUUGUCGUAUGUUUAAAACAUUUUUUGGAGGUUAUAAAUUUCUUCGUGGUUUUGUAAUAUUUCCUUAAAAAAUAUGUAUUCAUGUUUAGUUAAAAUAUUUAUUAAGUACUGUUGAGAACAGAAUAACAUAAAUUAUUUUAACAUGUAUUUUUUACAAUUUCGUUGUGUUAUAAUGAAAGUUACUUUUUCUAUUUUCUAAAUCCUAUAAUACAUUUAUGAACUACAGGUUACUGACCUCGUGC